AUGUUUUCUUCAACUAAAAUCGUACAUGAACAUGUUAAUUGUACAAAGGGACGUACUUUUAUAGUAUAUUCAAAAAAUUUGUUACCCAGUGACAAAACAAGUAGCAGUUCUACAGGUACUUCAAAUCUAGAUAAGAAUUUCGAUAGCAACAAUGAAAAGGCAAUUGUACUUCUUUUGCAUGGGUUAAAUGGCGGUACUCACCAAUACGAGAAAUUGAUGAACUCAUUAAUUAACUCCAACCAUGUGUUUAUAUCACUAGACUUUUAUGGUCAUGGAAAUAGCAUUUUGUCACAAAACCUGAACAAAUUUACCGAGCGAUUAUACACAGAACAAAUUUACGACGUUCUAAAGUGUAAAAAUAUUUUAAAUGCAAAUUUCAUUAUCGUUGCUUUUUCUAUGGGAUGUAUCAUAGCUACACACCUAUCUGGAGAAAACAAAAUAAAAAUAAAGAAGUUUUGUUUAAUCAGUGCAGCUGGACUAGCGAAACCAAGACACCGAUUUUUAAUUUUUUUGUUAAAAUACAAUAUAAGCAUUUGCUUAAGACUGGCGAAGAAGUACAGCCAUUUGAUGAUUUCCGAGGAUGCAAUUAAAAAUGAAUAUUACAACUUCGAAAAUAAUGUAGAAGAUGCCAUUAAACGGUAUUCCAUACUACGGGAAAAUCAUGAAAAAUUUAUAGAAACAUUUCUAAAGGUACUAACCGGAAUUAAAAUUCAAGAUUCGAAGAAGCACUAUUCUGCCUUAUUAAAAACGAAUGCAGAAGUUCUUUUUAUUUAUGGGAAGGAGGACAAGCUAACUCCUUAUUCAUAUACCAUAAAAUUUUUGGAGAAAAAACAAAAAUAUGUUCAGAAUGUGAAAAUGGUUAUUUUACCUGAAUGUUGCCACCUUGUGAUACAUGAAAAAUAUCAUGAAUUGGUUCAGCACUUGCUAUGCUUUUUGCAUUAA